AAAACAUGAGCAAGGUUAAGACUAAACCCAAAACUAAGUUGUCAGACUUUGAAAUUAUCACCAAGCUUGGAGAUGGGAGUUACAGUAAUGUUUAUAAGGUUAGAAGGCUGGCUGACCACAAAAUUUACUGUAUUAAGAAGGUCAAGUUAUCAGGACUCUCUGACAAGGAAAAGCAAAAUGCUUUGAAUGAAGUCAGAAUCCUUGCUAAAAUUAAGCAUCCUAAUAUUAUUAGUUACAAAGAAGCCUUUCUAGACAAAGAAUCUGUUUCUUUAUGCCUCGUCUUGGAGUAUGCUGACGAUAAGGACCUGUACAAGAAAAUUAAAUCUAAAUAAAGCCCAAGAAGAAUUAUACGAGGAGGAUGACAUCUGGUACAUUUUCCUACAGAUCUUAAAAGGGCUAAAAGCCCUUCAUGAUAAGAAGAUUAUGCACAGAGACCUCAAAAGUGCCAAUGUCUUUAUGAGCAAAGACCUCACUGCUAAACUAGGAGAUAUGAAUGUUUCGAGACUAGCUGAUACGAACGGCCUUAAUUAUACACAAACUGGCACUCCCUACUAUGCUUCUCCUGAGGUGUGGAAAGACAAACCCUAUGAUUUUAAAAAUGAUAUAUGGGCAUUAGGAUGUGUCUUGUAUGAAAUCACUUGCCUCGAGCCUCCUUUUAAAUCUCCAAACAUGGAACAGCUAUAUGAAAAAGUCAUGAAAGGGCUUUAUCCUAGAAUUCCUAAGUGAUAUUCCCAAGACUUAGCUAUUGUUAUUAAAAGCAUGCUUCAGGUAAAAACAAAAUAUCGCCCAACUGUAGACGAACUCAUGAAGCAUGAUAUCAUAAAAUCUAGGCUAAAUGAGCUAAACCUUGAUGAAUCAGGAAGUGAUGAUUCUGUUGAAAAUUCUGACAUGGAAAACUUGAACAACAACUACACCAACAAGCUUCCCCUCCCAAAUUACGCUCCCAUUCUAACCGACAGGGAUAUCCUCUGAGUAUCUGAUCCAGUUGACAAUGAACCUCUCAAGCCCCAAAAUGUAACGAUAGAUGACUAUAAUAUGGAAGUGGUAAACAACGCGAAACCUCUCUUUCUUCACAAAAGUAUCGAAGAACCUCAAAAUAUUAACGAAAAGCACAAUUUCAGUAUGAAGAACUCCGUUCCAGGUACUCUAGCUUCUAGAAAGCUUCUAACAUCUCUAAAGAAGCAUAUAAAAAGGACUAACCGUUAUAAAUCAAGCAUCAGGGCUGAUAAUAGCUUGCCUUAUAAUUUUAAACAACAUUACAAAGAUUUGAUUUCUAUCAACAGAUCUUCAAAAGAAAGCCUACGAAGUAUCAGUGAUCGAACAUCAAUGGCCACCAACCGAUUUGGCCUACAGCGUAGAUCAAAUAAUUUGGAAGCUCCAAUGCAGUCUUAUGCAUUGAGGAUGGAUAAACAUCAUAUGCAACUGCCCAAGACCUCUGCACGUAAAGGAAAUAAGAGACUGACCAAGGCUCACUCAAGUAGCCAGAAAAGGCUAGAGAACCAUAAAUCAACAGAUAUUCUUAAAGAAACUUCACAACAGACUGAUCAAAGAAUUAGGCAAUUCAGUAAAGGAAUCCGGGUUAACCAAAGAGGUGACAAGGAAAUCUCUCCAUCCGCAAUGGAGAGAAUCUUUAACCGCAUUGAUAGACACUUAGAGAACUAUCCAGCCAGUAAGUCGAGUAGUCGAAAUUUGCAAGCUAAAAAGACAGAAGACCGGUCUCUCAUCCUUCCUAACCUUAACAAGAAACCUUCUGGCUACCAGUCGAUUCAGAGUAAUGACAUAAAACAUGCACGAAUGAAGGAAAAAUCACUGAACUACAUUAGAAGAAUACCAGCAGACCACCACUCUUCGAAAAUGAGUGCUUUAUCUAUCAGAGAAACCCCAAUCCCCAAGAGAAAAUCUAAGCGCAAAAGUCGCAAAUUAGGAAUAACUAAUGCUAAAAUACAUGAAAUAACCACUCGUGAGGAAGACCUACAGGAUCAUCCGAGUAAAAGUGUAUCUCUAAUAGCUAGUAAUAAAAAUAUGCUUCAUGAACGGUUUAGGAAGCUUCUCAGAGACAACAAGAAGCGUUCCAUCGGGCUUCAUCAAUAAUAAUUUCACUAUAAUCAUUGUAUCUAAAAA